AUGUUUCUGACACCCCUUGUCCUCGCGGGCUGGGCGCUUGCUUCACCCUUACGAUCAAGAGACAACAGUACCAGUACUUCUUUGAAUGAAUCUCCCACAUCGACACAAGCAGAAGAUGUAAUCGCCACUAGUUCUCUUACAUCUACUUCGACCUCUUUGUCGAGUGCAACGGCUACAAACAACCCCAAGACGUAUAUCCUAUCCAAUGAUUUUGACAUCACUGAUACCCCUACGACAAGAGAGUAUUACUGGACAAUCGAUACAUACUCCGGAGCUCCCGAUGGCUUUGUACGCCAAGUAUACGCGAUCAACGGUCAAAUUCCAGGCCCCACGAUCGAAGCCAAUCAAGGAGAUAGAAUCGUAGUUCACGUAACUAACCUUCUACCAGAUGGUCAGAGCAUCCAUUGGCAUGGGAUCGACCAAAAUGGCACACAAUGGAUGGACGGAGUUGCCGGUUUUACUCAAUGUCCUAUACCUUCCGGAGGUACUUUCACGUAUAAUUUCACAAUAAAUCAAUUUGGGACUUUUUGGUAUCAUUCUCACUAUGGAAACACCCUCGCCGAUGGUCUUUAUGGAGCAUUGAUAGUUCAUUCUGUAAAUGAUCCCUUGCAACGUGGGAGGGAUUAUGAUGAAGAACGUUUACUGUUGGUUCAAGAUUGGGUACACGACAUGUCAGAAGUCGUCGUGAAUGCUCUGAAAAGUCCUCAGGGAUAUAAAGGAGGUAUCUUACCACCCGAAGGAGACUCAAUUCUUCUCAAUGGAGCAGGAGUGACGAAUUGUUCUGAUACUCCAGGAUGUACUACACCUUCACCUGCUGAGAUUCAUGUGCCUAUUGGGAAACGUAUUCGAGUCAGGUUAAUCUCAGCACUCAUGACAGACUUCCUCCGUGUUUCUAUGGAUGAACACAAAUUGGAGAUUGUAGAACUAGACGAUUGUCCCAUUUACGGACCCACCAUUGUUGAAACCGGUGUCAACCCAGGUCAACGAACUUCAUUCAUCAUCAACACCAAGCAUGGCAAAGCCGGUGAUGCAUUCUGGAUUCGAGCCAGUCGUGGGAUCGGAUGUACCGGUGAACACCCAUACAUCGGCAAAGCCAUAUUGCGCUACGUGAAUCACCAAACCAAGCACACAAAUAGUCUUCCUCGUACGUCGCCAUGGCCGGGAUUAGCAGCUCCCAAUGCCACAUGUCAUGAUCUCGAUGAGAACCAUAUUGUCACUCCGCGUGUGGCGGUAGAUGCUCCCACGGACAUCCUGACCACGGUGGAACUUCACAGUCAGCUGGGAAAGUUUGUGGAUGUUACAGGAGCUGCAUUUACUGGUUUCGGUUGGAAUGGUACUACUUUCCAAAACCAAAUAAACUAUCCCCUAUUACAACAAAUAGAAAAUGGUCUUACACUCAACUCUUCCCUCGUCGCAGCUGGUACCUUCCCUCAUGUCGGCGGUGGAGACAUAAUCAUCAACAAUCUUGACCCAUUCGAUCAUCCAUAUCACGCUCACGGUCGAGCGUUCUCUAUAGUCGGACGUGGAUCUGGAAUGCUGUUAGAGUCACAAUUACCUGGAAUCACAUUAAACCUCACGAAUCCUUUGAGAAGAGAUACGAUUCAUAUUCCUGCAAAAUCAUGGGCUGUCUUAAGGUUGGUGACUGAUGAUCCUGGUGUUUGGGCUUUACAUUGUCAUUUAGGAUGGCAUUUGAGUGUGGGGAAAAUGGCAGCUUUGGUUAUUCAACCGGAUGCGGUGAGGAAUUUUCAACAACCUGCAGAUUGGUUAGGUUUAUGCGCCGGUACGGAUCCUGAGGCCUUUGGACCU